AAGACAUUUCGCUUCCGGUUAGAAAUUUGGUAAAUCUGAAAGAUGUAAUUAUUAUAAGGAAAACUCGCAUAAAUCGAUCAUGGAUUCGUCUCAUUUUGUGAUAAGGAUACAGACAGAUGAUGAUGAGUGUAUGGAUUGGACAGUUCGUGAAGAAACGGCUACAUUUGACAAUGUUUUACAAGUGAUCAGCAAAGCACUUCCAGAUACACCUGUUUAUGCUUUUGAUUAUGAUGAUGAAGAAGACGAUGAUAGAAUUACAGUUAGAACUCAAGAGGAAAUGACAAAUAUGAUUUCAAUGUAUUACAGUUCAUGCCAAAGAGGAGGCACAUUCACCCAGCCAUUGGUAAUAUAUCCAAGAGUUGGAAAACAACCUGAAAAGAGAAAUAAAUUGAAUUUAAAGAUUCAAACCAGCAAAAAGAGUGAGCAGCAAGCUACGCCUAAAGUAACCCCUCCAGUUCAAACCAGCCAUAAACAGAAGGAAGGUGAUAUUGAAGCUAUAUUAGCCUGUGGGCAGAUUAAUCACGGUGAUCUACACAUAGACCAGAUCCUUGGGAAUGGCAGUAGUGGAACAGUAUACAAAGCUGUACACCAACCAACCCGUACACCAAUGGCUUUAAAGGUUAUACAACUAGAUAUUGCAGUAGAAGUUCAGACACAGAUUAUAUCAGAAUUAGAAAUUUUAUAUAAGUGUAAUUCUCCAUAUAUCAUAGGAUUUUAUGGAGCCUAUUUCAUAGAAAACAAGAUAUCUAUGUGCACAGAAUGGAUGGAUGGUGGAUCUCUUGACAAAUAUGGCCGUGUGCCUGAGCCAGUUCUAGGACGAAUUUCAUUAGCUGUAGUCAGGGGUCUGCAGUAUCUAUGGAGUCUAAAAGUCAUGCAUAGAGAUGUAAAACCGUCCAAUAUUCUUGUAAAUACAGCAGGUCAUGUGAAACUGUGUGACUUCGGUGUCAGUGUCCAGUUGGUGAAUUCUAUUGCUAAGACAUAUAUAGGAACAAAUGCUUAUAUGGCCCCUGAAAGAAUACAAGGCCAAGAAUACAAUAUAUUCUCUGAAGUGUGGAGCUUAGGAAUAUCAUUAUUUGAGAUGGCCAUAGGAAGAUUUCCAUAUGAUACAGUGGUUCAACAGCAGUUAAACUCCAGUCCAAUGGCACUACUCAACACAAUUGUCAAAGAUGCGCCACCUAUCUUACCAGUUGGGCAAUUCUCAGAUGCCUUCAUACACCUCGUAUCCCAAUGUAUGCAGAAAGAACCGAAAUCACGUCCAAACCCGGGUGCUCUCUUACAAUACCCCUUCAUGGCAACAUAUGCAGAUGACAAUGUGGAAGUGAUUGCUUUCUGGGUCAGAAAUAAAUUAGAAGAGAUUUUCUUAAGACAAUCCAAACAAAAAUUAAGUUCAUAGCAUUAGCUUAAUUUCAAUUUUAAAGACUUGGUUGGUGAUUGUUUGGGAGAAUUUCAAUGAGCUAUUUGUUAAAAGUAGAAAGACAGAUCAUGUUUGUAUUGGUUUCAUGGAUCUAUCCAUAUACAUGUACUGAUAAAUAUAAAGUUAGAGCUAGUUUUGGAUCAUAAUCUCAAAGAGAGAAUUUCAAUGAGCUCUUGCCAGUAGUAUUUUAAAAGACAGAUUGUGUUAGGAUUGGUACCAUGGAUCUAUCCAUAUACAUGUAUAUGUACAUUAAAUAUCAGUUUUGGAUCAUCAUCCGUACCAUUUAUUUGGUUCUUUAGGGACUUGAAGUCUUGAAUAGUUCAAUGUUGUUUUAAAAACUUGAAAGAUUAAGUUCACCUUUGAACUUAAUGUUCAAAAUGUUGAUCUGUGACAAUUGUUAGAAAAGUGAAACCUGUCAUGUGUAACAGCUCUAGAACUGGAACACCUGUUAGUGGAACACUCCAAAAU